UUUAAUUGUUGUCAAAAGCAACUGCGCGACGAAUAAGCGUGUUAUUUUUGGACCACGUCUUGUGGGCUAGCGUAGUGUUCUUUUGUACAUUUCAGUAUUUUUUUCUCCCUCUUUCUUGGACAGCAGUUCGAUCCGUAUAAUAGUUAAUUUCAGAAGCUAUCCAUUCCUAUUUUAUCGCAAUUAUUCUUCACCAAUUUGCAUCUCGUAAUCUGCUUUAAAAACGGUCACGUUGAUCUUUCGAGUGAAUGAUAAGACGGAAUUUCGUUUGACGUACGCACACACUUCUCUUUUCACAAGGUUAAGCUCAGUCAUUUAGCAAUUAGCACGCGUAAACGCCACACACAAAAUGUUCAUUUUGGAUUGGUUGACGGGGGUUCUUGGUUACCUUGGUUUCUCUGUUCCUGUCUGUCGUGGGAGAUUCGCCUUUCUUGGGCUGCCUAACUCUGGCCGGCGUUCACUGCUAAAUGCUGUCCUAAACGAAUGUCUAAUAGAUCCAGUAGAAGCCACGUUACAACCCUCUGAAGAAUUAUCUAUUGGUAACAUGAGAUUUACAACCUUCGAUCUUGGUGGGCAUACUCAAGCACGUAGAGUAUGGAAAGAUUACUUUCCUGCUGUUGACGCGAUAGUUUUCCUGGUCGAUGCCAGCGACAGGUCUCGGUUACCUGAAUCCAGAGCUGAACUCGACGCACUUUUAACUGAUGAGCAGCUCAGUGCUUGCCCCGUCCUUGUAUUAGGUAACAAGAUUGACAAGCCAGGUGCUGCCUCGGAAGAUGAGCUUAGAAACUUCUUCAAUCUUUAUGGUCAAACUACGGGAAAGGGAAAGGUAGCGCGCAGUGAUAUUCCCGGACGUCCGCUGGAGCUUUAUAUGUGUUCGGUGCUGAAGAGACAAGGAUAUGGGGAAGGUUUCCGCUGGCUAGCCCAGUACAUCGACUGAGCACGUGAAAACAAAAUGUAAUAUCACUGACUCCCGAAAACUUCCUCUCUUUUCUACUCGAAAGGUUGUCUUUGUCUUGCGAUUUUCAUUCACCCAAAUGCGUCACAAUGCAAAAUAAUAUUACGGUGUAAAGAAAUUAUUUUUAACCCUUCUUUAAUUGAUAA